GAGAGAGGUGGAGGGAAAAAAAAGAGAGCGAGACAGGGAUUCUUUACGCUUGCACACGUUGGACCUGCGUACGGGCAGGAGUUCAAGUAAAACCUGUGGAUCCCUUGAAGCAUGAGGACAGUGCCUGGCUGAGUCUGGGAGCGGAGGCUGCUGGGAUGGAAGGGGUACGGGGUUCUCUGGGGGAGAUGGUGUCCCGGUUGCUGCCCCACGCUGACACAAGCGGCGCCUUCAAGGACUUGAACGUUGUUGCAAUGCUACAUCACUUCUGGGAACAGAAACAAGCGCAAGGAGGCAUCGUUCGAUCAGAGAGUUUAGUCGUGUAUGAGUCAGCACCAUCACCCAGUCCCCCGUACAUCUGCUACGUCACCUUACCUGGGGGCAGCUGCUUUGGAAACUUCCAGUGCUGUUAUACCAAGGCAGAAGCCAGGCGAGACGCCGCGCGCAUCGCUCUGAUGAACUCCAUCUUCAACGAGCUGCCCUGUCGCCGGAUCACCCCUGAGUUCAUCUCUCACAGCCUCGAGGAGGCUGUCUCCACCACCAGCGGCUGCAUAGGUGACGCCUCAGAUCCAAGCACAAGUAUAGGUGCCUACUGCCUGAUGUUGGAAGCAAACACAGGAAAAACCAUGCUGGAGUUUCAGGAGAUAAUGACAGUGUUCCAGCUCUUGCACUGGAACGGGACACUGAAGGCCUUUCGAGAACGAAAGUGUUCCCGCCAGGAAGUCAUCACAUACUACUCCCAGCACCCUCUAGACGAGUGCACCCGGAGCCACAUGGCGCUGGACUGGAUGGUGCGGGAGCGCGAGAACCCGGGUCUGAUCUCCCAGGAGCUCCAGGUGGCCCUGAGGGAGCUGGGAGAGGCGCGGCAGGCUGGGAGAGAGCUGCGCUUCUACAAGGAGAAAAAGGAGAUCCUGAGCCUAGCCCUCAGCCAGGCCUACAGCGACGACCAGGAGCACAGUGCCAGGGUGGGCCAGUGGGCCGAAACUGACCAUGGCCAUGUUUAUAGCCAGGACAAAGAGCCGAGUACAGGAGAGGAUCAACUGACCAAGAUAGACCCCAGCUACGUUUAUGCCCUGUACAAAGAACAGCGUGCAGGAGAGGAUCAACUGCUGAAGGCAGAGGACGACCCUGUUUACACCCACGAUGAAGAAUAG